AUGAAGGUGAUGGCCGAGUUUGUCUUCCGCUUCUACGCCUCCACCUCCACCGCAGAGCACCUGACCAAAGAGCAGCUGGAGCAGGCGGCUAGAGGCUGUCGGAUGACCUCGGCGGACAUUGACGCCGGCAGACACAGCACCGGCGGCAUGAAAAAAGCCGAAUUUACGCGGCUGCUCGCAGAGAAGUACCUGCCAAAGGCGUCCAACCACCCCGCCCAUGGCCACCACGAUCGGCUGGCCGUCUUUGAGCACGCUACCGCCGACCGGUCGCCGAUGGAGCAGCUGCACCUCCGCUUGGCCCACCCCGAGGUGCGUCGUAAGGAGGUGAAGGUGUCCAGCAAGACGGUGGAGGCGAAGUUGAACAGUCGCUUCCUCUGCGAGAACUGCAGCGCCAAGCAAUACACUCUGGCGCCGUACAUUGCCAGGCUCUCACUGGAGGGCGUCCUCUACGACCCGGUGCCCACCAAGCAGAAGGACGUUCACCUGAUGAAGAAGGCCCGGCGGGCAAGGGCCGACUGCUUCUUCCGCGAGGGCUACGUCGGCAACAAGAUCAUGGACAUGAUUCGCGCCUACGCCCUCAAGGUGCACAUCUACGGGGGCAAUAUGAAGGCGGGCACCGACCCCAGCUCAGACUGGACGCAGCAGGGCACGCGCGUUGACUUUCUCCAGAACAAGAUCAGCAAGCUGUGCGACGAGGCUCGGGUGCUUUUCAGCAAUGAGCCGCGCGUCAUCAAGGUCGCCUCGCCCUGCUACCUGCUGGGCGACAUUCACGGCAACCUCCAGGAUCUGCUCGUCUUUGAGCAGGCCAUCUGGCGUGACCUGAUACUCAAUCCGGUCAAUUUGCUCUUUCUGGGCGAUUACGUUGAUCGCGGUGAUUACUCAGUGGAGUGCAUGAUCUACCUGCUUUGCAUGAAGGUCCUUGCUCCUGAUCACGUCUUUCUACUGCGCGGAAAUCACGAGACGCGGGAGCUUCAGAAGGAAUUCACAUUUUGCAAGGAGCUUCAGGCUCGGUUCGGUCCCAGCGCCGACUACGCCUUUAAGAUGUUCAACGCCGUCUUCGACGUCAUGCCACUGGCGGCCAUCGUCGACGAGCAGAUCUUCUGCUCUCACGGGGGCAUUCCCUCCACCUCCACCUCGCUGGAGCAGCUGGCGCUCAUUCCGCCGUUGCUGAAGGACCCCAACCUGGUGACCAACGCCUGUGAGCUGCUGUGGAACGACCCGAUCACUGACCGGGAGUACAAGGAGCUGCUGGCCAACAAGCCGGAGCUGGCCGUCGUCAACAACGUCCGCCUUCCUGAUGGAUUUCUCUACAACAUCAAGCGCAACUCUGGCUGCCUCUUCAAUGAGACCGCCGUGGAGCGCUUUCUCUCCGCCAGUGGCCUCUCGCACAUCAUCCGAGCCCAUGAAUGUGUUCCAGCUGGCUUUAAGUACCACGCCGGCGGACGAUGCGUUACCAUCUUUAGCUGUUCAAACUUUUGCGAUUAUCACAAUGAUGCCGCCGUCUCGUACGUGAACGAUUCUCAGAUUCGUGUUAUACAGGUGGACACUGCUAUUGAUAAUAAAUAA